UAAAAUGUUUUAUUUUAUGUUUGUGAUAAUUUAUAAAUGUGAUUAUAUAUAUCCAUGGCAAUAGCUAGUCUUUGGAUUAAACUGUUAUCAGACAAGCGUAUUCUUAACCGCAAAUUUAAGUUUAUCAAGAGAAUAAUAACAUGUCCGUGAAUUUAAACCGAACAAUUUAAAAAAAAUAACGAAGUGAAAUCUAUAAGUUGUUUUAUCUUUAUAUUCUAUUAUUUUCAAAUAAAUUGGAUGUUAAAAGAAAUAAUUAUACAAAAAAUUAUAAACUAAUUAAUAGGUAUCACUUCAAUUAAUUACAAUUUUAUUUACUUUUAUGGUCAAUUUAAUUAAAAAAUUAGAAUCUUCAACAACAAAAUAAAGUGGUUUUUGAUGUGAUUCUUUUAAAGAAAGAUCAUAUCAAUUAAUAAUAAUCUCAUAACUUAUGUUCUAAGAUGGCAUCUUUUGACUUAAGAAGGGAAUUACAGUCUAGAGGUCCUGUUGCAAAUCUUAAUAGAAGUAUUGCCACUAAAAAACAUACUUUACAUUUUGAUGGCCGCUUUGUUAGUAAAUCGGAUCGGUACCAAUUGGAGUCGUAUGGUCUUUAUACACCAAAUCCUGUUCUUGAGGGAUUGAGCUUAUCAAAUAAAAAUAAAAUUCUAUGGUCAGCUCGUUUAUCUGAAAGUUUAUGGGCUUGGUUUGUUUAUGGUCGCAAACUUAUGGUUUGGAAUGCUGAAAAUAAUAAAGAAAGCAAAAUGAAUCCGUGUUUUGAGCUUGGAUUACCAGCUAGUGAAGUUGCCCAUCAAGCUGCAUUAGUAUGGGUGUAUGAACCUGAAACGGGAAAAUCUACAUCACAUGCAUGUUGCAUUGCAGUGUCACCUGAAGGUUUAGUAAGAUUUUGGAGAGAUGUCUAUGAUGAAGUUAUUUAUUCUGAGCAUAACACUGAAUUAAUGGGAAAAGAAUGUGAGUUUUUGUAUCAAGUUGAUAGCUCUAGGUUUAUUUUAUUAACAACCACUGCUGAUUUAGUUAUGGUAACUGUUAAUAUGGACACUAUAAGACCUCAAAUUAGUAGCAAAAUAUUGACUGAAUCAACUGGAUGGUUAGGUAAUAUAUCUAUGAAUUUGUCAUCGCUUGUUUUUGGUUCAGCUGGACAACAAACUGAUCCAAAAACAGUCCGUGGUUGUGUUAUAAAAAGUUCGUUUAAUUAUACAGAAAACUUAUAUGUAGUAGUUACAAAUGGUACAACUCUAACAAAAUGGAAUGUAUCUACACCAAAUCGUGAAAAACAAUUGUUUGAAAUUAAUUUAGCUAGUUCUUUACAAGAAAAAUUUUCAAUUUUGAUGUUCAAUAGUAUUAGCACCGCAGAUUUAGAUAUGGAAAUAAUUGAUAUGAAACCAAUAUACAACCGCAAUGAAGAAAUUAUGGUACUUAUUUAUACUAAGCCAACACAAGCACAUAAUUAUUAUAUUUUGGCAACAAUUCAAAUUCAUGAUAAUAAAUGUCCUAUAACCUCUCUUCAUGUAUUAAACAAUAUUGAAAGUUCAUAUUUAAAUGAAUCAACACCCGAAUUGUUAAUCACUGAUCAACAAGCUUUUAUAUUAUCUAAACGUUACAUAAUUGUUGUCAGUGUUGAACCUGAAUUUCAAACUGAUAUUAUAGGAAAUGAUUGUGAUUUAAAAUUUGGAGGAGGUUCUGUAGUAAACAAUUAUGGUAUGUUUUUUACCCAAUCUCAUUGUUUAACUGUUAUUACUAAAUUAGCAGAUUCUGAUUAUGAUUUUAAUGAAUCAAGGAGUGUUCUUCAAGUUCCAGAUUUAAAUCAAUCUAAUAUAAUAUCUGUAGAAAUCGAAAGUGGAAGUAAUGAAACUAGACUUAAAUCAGCUUUUCUUCAAUUUAUAAGCCGUAAAAUAGAAAAUUGUAAAGCUCUAGUAAAACAAGCUUGUCCCGAGGAGUCAACAGCUAAUGACGGAUCUAAUUUAGAUAAAACUGUUUUCAAAGUUGGAGAAGAUUUAAUUAAUGAUAUACCAAUUAAUGAUCCUCGUUGGUUAGGGGUUCAAGGUGAACCAACUAUAAGGUCAUCUUCAAUGGUUAUACUUAGCCAUUUAGAAGAAAAACAGCAAGCUAUUCAUUGGUAUUUGAAAUUCUUACAAGAACUUGGUUUGUGGUCUCGUAUGAGAAAAAUUAAUAAAUAUGGUACUCAAGUUUAUACUGGAUGUGCCUUAAAGGAUUUAAGUGAAAAACUUCAAGCUACUGUAACAUUUAGGAAACUUGAAAAUGAAUAUGGUGAACUAUUGGAUUUGUUAAUUAAAGAAUCUGUUGAAAGUAACGCUGAAAGUUAUACUUCUCCACCUGGUCUUACGCACAUUGAUAAAUUUUAUAAACAAGUUAGUAUGUCUCACUCCUUAUUUAAAAGAUUAUGUAACUAUGGUGUAGAAGUUGCUGCCACUAAUCGCAGUUCCGUAGACAUAUGUUCUAUUCUAAGUAAUAUAAAUAGCAUAUUAGUUAAAGUCAUAGGAGCAGUUUUAGAAUACAGAAGACAAAAUAUUGAGUUCUUUCCCAUUGAUAAGCAAAAAAAAACUGAAACAUCUUGGAUUUUAUGCAAGGGAGAUGAUGGAAUUUGUUCUGAACUCUUAGAUCAAAUAAAUGUUACAUUAAAAUUUGCAGAUAUGUCAAAUAUAACUAAAGAAAUUCGAUCUGAAAUGUCUGAUCAAGUAUCUUUCUUAGUAGAUGCUAUUUUAUCAAGUUGUAUUGAUGUGUUUAACAAUACUGAUUCUAAGUUUAUUGACAUGAGAUCUAAUUUACUUAAUGAGUUAAUCUGUCAUAAAGAAUAUCAUAAGUCAAUUGAAUUGGCUGAAAAGUAUGGAGAUUAUAAAGUUAUUGUAGAAGUAUGUUAUAAAACAAAUAACAUUGAACUAUUAUAUAUCUUUAUGGAUAAAUUGUAUGAUCAAAAUUUUCGUCAAAUUGUUUUUACGUGGUACUUGCAGCAUGGUAAAGUUGUAGAAUUUUUACGUAACUUUUGUCGUAGACCCAAAUAUGAACGCGAUAUUGUCAUAGCUCUAGAAGAAUAUCCAAAAUAUGGUUGGAUAGCUGGUGGACUAGCUGAAAAUAUGAAUAUGGCAUGUGAAUCACUUAAACGCUGUUGGUCAAAAGAAGAAUCAAAUAUUAUACGAAAACAAAAUCAGCUCAACUUAUAUAAAAUGGCAUUUUUAGCGAAGCAUGGUCCAUUAAUAAACCAUCCUGAAUUAGAAAAAAUUGAUAAAGAAUUAGAAAUUGUUAAUCAUCAAAUUAAUAUACCUGAAUGUGUUUUAGAAACACUUAACAUUAAUUUAAACAAUAUGUUUGUACUUUCUCCUUCUGAAAUAUUUAAUCAUUAUAUUUGUAAAGAAAAUGUGAUGUUGGAUGAAAAUGAUUGCUUACGGGCAUUGUCAGUUUUACGAUUUAUUGAAAGUCAAGAAGAACGUGAAAAAUUAAGUCGUAAAUUAUGGUGUGAAACUAUUCUUAGAGAAACUCUUAAAUACCCACUUCCUGAUCAAGAGAUUGAUGAUCCACAACAGUUAACUAUGGAUUUAUUAUUUUUCAAAACUUUAGUUGUAGUGUACGAAAAUGGUUUACUAGAUUUUGUACCGUCUUUAGACUGGCUUUUACAUGCAAAAGAAUUGGAGGCAUUUCAUACAAAUGCUGUAUGGCAAUAUAUUAUGAAAAUGGGAUUUGAAUGUUGUUUAAAACCAUCUAGCACAUUAAUGGAUUAUGAUAGUUAGGAAAUUCUUCCUUGUAAAAUAAUUUUUUUUUAUUCAUUUGUACAUAUGUUCUAGUGUAAUUUUCAUAUAUAUGUUUAUUUACAUAAGGUAUCCUUUUUUAAGUUUUAAAUAAUUCAAUUUUUUUAAUAUUUACAAUUUAUUUUGUUUAGUUAUGAAUAAAUUGUUCUAUUAUUUAAAAAAAAAAUGUUUAAGAUUUUGCAUUAUUACCAACUUUUUAUGUCUUUUUUUCCGCUUUCAUAUUUUAUUCAUUCGGUUUAGAAUUGACUAAAAUUUAAUAUUUUAUUGAUAUUUGGGCUAUUUUUAUGUUUUAAUACCAAGUGGUUAAAGAUUUUUAUAUAAAAAAAAUUAUAUUGUAGAGAAAUGAAUCACAAAAAUACAUUGUGAUAAAUGUUUUGAAGUAACCAAUAUAU